AGAAAAUUGCCGCGAUGAAAAGGAAGAGAAUCACGCUGUGUGUAAGAAAGAAAACGAAAAAGUGUAACAAUGCAUCGGCUGAUUGUGUGAAUGUGUUAUCGGAGAAGAAAAGAAGCACCAUGCGUAUAAAGAUUGGCAGACAGGGUGCUGGGGGAUGCACUAAAGGCAUUAUGAAUGACUGCCGUAUUGUGGCACAGGAUGAGGUACUUGAUCAAGUAUUAGUUGAAGAUCAGACGGAGAAAAUUGAUGAAGAAAAAAGGGAGAAAGUGAGAGGAAAGGCACAACUUCGUGCAAGGAAGGGAAAAAUGGCUGGGAACAGGAACGAGAAAGAGAACGUAAUAAAUCAAGGGAUUGUGAAUGAGCAGGUUUCGGAAGAUCGUGGCAUAGCAAAGAAUAAGACAAUUCGUGAAUCAAUAGAUCGUGCGAAGAAAGCGCUGAAUGCAAGAAGUGUGUCUAAGGCUACACGAAAAAAGACGGGAAGUACGGGUAUAAGCACUGUGAAGGGUGGUGUUAAACAAGGGAUCAGAAUUGGGCCUAAGACAAUUUGUGCGGAAGAUGGCACAGUUGGUAGUAGCGAUGGCAUUAUCGGAGUGAAAGGAGUUAACCUGGAAGAUGAUGAUACGAAAGAGAAAGAAAAUUUAAAUAGCGCGGUCAUUGCAAACAAAUCGCAAUCAAAGGCUGUGGACUAUCCGGUCGUGGUCGGUAGAUCCGACAAGUCAGUAGGUAAAAAAAGGGUAGUGAGCGGGCGUGGCAUCGAAAGGGCUCGUAAAUUGAAAGGGCGCACUGUGAAAAUAUUGCAGAAAGGUUCCAAUCCAGAUGAAAUAAAUAGAAAGGUGAUUAACAACACACCAAGCGGGAAUCAAAAGGAUAGUUACCAAUUGAUGGAGGAAGCUGUAAAUGCAGAACGAUUGGAGAACCAGAACUUAUCAGGUGAGCAGAGCGUGUUGUCGCCACAGGGUAUUAUCGACAAUAUCAUGGAGAAAGGAUCUGACUUUGAUGAGGUAAUGCAAACAGUCAUACAAGAGCAGUUUAGCGAUCAAGUACAAGCAAUUACCCGUAUUAUGUGUGAGGAGGACCAUGCGCUCUUGAUAUUUAUUGAUCCAUACAUCGAAUGUGUCGUUAAAUCGCUCAUAAAGACGCGAUGUGCCGAGCACCACGAUAACGUGCAUUUCCUGGAUGUGGAUGGUGCCAAGGAUGAAACGCUCUAUGGCGAGUUGGAGGAUCAUUCCAGCUUUGCAUUUCUAACCACCAGAAACGCAAUGGUAGUUGAAAAAAUGGAAAGACGGAUCCGAUCGCGGUUCAAUAAUGUCAAAAUAUUCUUCGGUUAUUUGAAAGGAUGCAAAAUACCUGUAGAAUUGAUUAGGAGCACGUACCUGUCGCACAAGUACGGAGUGCAACGAUGCGAUUUCUACAAUUUCUUGAAGGUAUUUAAGCCCUUACACGUAGCCGUUAUACUAUGCUGGAUGAAGAAGGGCCUUAGCAGGAGCAGGUUGGUGCCCACAAUGAAGGACUUCCUUUUUAAAGUGAGCGAGAUGAAAAAUGUGAGCGAUAAAGAAAUAAUAGACGCGUUUUACGAGGUUGAAAGCACCAAAAUUGUUAGAAAGAACAAAUUUAACGGUGAUUACUACAAACUCGUGGAAUACAUAAAAAAGGAAAUGCCUUUCUACAUGAAAAGGCUAAUUUAGCCAUAAAUACAGUUUCUAUACGAUGAUGACUCUGAAUGCGGUAUAAAUACAUGCUUUCAGCGAUAGGGCUGUGUUCUUAACUUCGAUGAUUUAGACAGUAAAACUGUUCCUAAGCCCAAAAUUUAGAAAGCAAACACAGCGUCCCAUUCAGCAUUAAACACUUCUAUUUUUUCAUGGUAAAGCAUUUAUUUGUAUGUCCCUCCACACGUAGCAGAUUUUCUG